GGAUGGGUCCUGGCCCACAGCCCUUAUCUCCUCUAGCCCCUGGGCUGUUUGCAGAGAGCAGUUAAAAAGGGGCUGACCCAGCAGGGAGUGGAGGGGAAUUACAAGGUGCAGGAAAACAACAGCACCGGACCAGACUGGAUGUCUGCUUGAGUCACCACAGUCCUGCUCUGCACCAUGGGGAAGGACUGGCUCUUUGGCAAACCAAAUAUCUUCCUCCUUCUCCUCUUCUUCCUCCCUGGAAAUACCUCUCCCACUACAGAACCGCAAUACAUGGUGCUGCUGCCCUUUCUGAUACACUCCGAUGCUCCUGAAAAAGUCUGUGUUCAGCUGACCCACCUGAACGAGUCUGUGACGCUGAGUGCCACGCUUGAGUAUCAAGGGGAAAACAGGAGCCUGAUUGAUGAUGUGGUGUCGGAGAAGGAUAUAUUCACCUGCAUCCCUUUCUCUGUCCCAAAAUCCAAUAGCACAUCAGUGGCAUUUCUCACUGUGAUGGUGAAGGGGGAGACCCUGCAGUUCAGAAGCCGCAAGUCAGUGCUGGUCAAGAAUUCUGAGAGUUUGGUCUUCGUCCAGACAGACAAACCCAUCUACAAGCCCGGACAGACAGUUCUAUUUCGGAUCGUCUCUCUGGACAAGGACUUCCACCCACUGAAUGAGAAGUUUCCAUUUGUCUAUAUUCAGGAUCCACAGAGGAACCGUAUAUACCAAUGGCAAGGGGUGGAACUGGAGACCGGCCUUAAAGAGCUGUCCUUCCCUCUCACCUCUGACCCCAUGCAAGGCUCCUACAAAAUAGUCGUGCAGAAGAGCGUUACCUCCCAUGUGGAACACUCCUUCAGUGUGGAGGAAUAUGUGCUGCCCAAGUAUGAGGUCCUGGUGAAGCUGCCCAAGAUGAUCACUAUUGAGGAUAAGGAACUUCCAGUGUCUGUCUGUGGUUUGUACACUUAUGGGAAACCUGUCCCUGGUUUGGUGAAUGUCCAAGUGUGCCGGAAAUUUUCUCAUUCUGGUUCACAUUGUUAUGGAAAAGAUUCAGAAGCUGUGUGUGAAGAAUUUGUCAGGCAGGCAGAUGCUCGUGGGUGUGUUUCUGAUGUAGUAAGGACCAAGAUAUUUCAGCUCCAGCGCAGGGGAUAUAAAAUGAACAUCGAGGUGCAAGGCAAGAUCACAGAAGAUGGCACAGGAAUAGAGAUGGUUGGAACAGGCUCCUGUGAAAUCACAUCGGUCAUGAGCAAAGUCAGCUUCCACCUGUUGGACUCUUAUUACAGACCAGGGAUCCCACUCUUUGGGAUGGUGAAGCUGGUGGAUGGUACUGGUGCUCCCAUUGCCAAUGAAACUAUCAGAGUUUCUGUGAAUGGAGAGAGUUACAAAGGCAACUACACUACAGAUGAGCAGGGACAAUCCUGGUUUUCCAUUGAUACUACCACUUUCACGGAAGCCUCCCUGGAAAUCCAAGCUGAACAUAAACCUGAACUGAACUGUUAUGACAGCGACUGGAUCACGCCUUCAUAUGAGCAUGCCUUGCAUAGCAUAAGUCGGUUUUACUCCCCCAGUAACAGCUUCCUCAAAAUUGAGCCCAAGUCUGAGACAUUAAGUUGUGGCUUCCCCACAGAGAUCCGUGUGCACUAUGUCUUCACACCAGAUGUUAUUGGAGAGCAGAGGAAAAUUGUCAUUUACUAUUUGGUGAUGGCCAAGGGAAGCAUUAUGUUAGCAGACACUCAUGAUCUGACUGUGAAUCCUGGAGAUGCUUACGGGAUAUUUCAGUUGACCUUACCUGUUGAGGCGACCUUUGCUCCCAAGGCACGGAUGCUUGUGUAUACCACUUCACCCAGUGGGGAAGUCAUCGCCAGUUCAGCGGAUUUCCAGGUUGAACGUUGCCUCCCCAGUAAAGUCAGCUUGAGUUUUGUUCCCAAGGAGGGUCUUCCUGCCUCCAACACACGUCUGCAACUCCAUAGCUCACCAAGGUCCCUGUGUGCCAUCCGUGCCGUGGACAAAAGCGUUCUCCUCAUGAAGCCUGAAGAUGAGCUCUCUCACAGAUCUUUGUAUGAUCUUCUCCCGGAAGAAAUGAAGGAAAUCCAGGGCUACAGGUUCAAGGACUACUACUUGGAAGAAGACAAUGUAAACCCCUGUGUGUCACUUGACAACAUAUUAUUAAAUGGAUUCAUCUACGUACCCAUUUCUUCUGAUGGCAAAGGUGAUGCUUAUGACGUUCUCAAACUGUUGGGCUUAAAAGUCUUCACUAGCAGCAAGAUCCAUAAGCCUCAAGUCUGCCCGCGUUACACAGUACACGUGAUGGAAAGGAAUUACAUGGUUUCUAAUUUAGUCAGUCCAGCGCAGCAUCUUUAUGAUUCAGACUAUGCAAUGAUGGAAGAGAUGGAUGCUGGCCAUCCUGUGGAGACCAUCCGGAAAUACUUCCCUGAGACAUGGAUCUGGGACAUAGUUUCAGUGAACUCUGAAGGAAAUGCUGAACUAGAUGUGACCAUCCCUGACACCAUCACCGAGUGGAAAGCCAAUGCAUUCUGCACGUCAUCAGACACAGGCUUUGGCCUAUCCCCAACAGUGUCCCUCAGAGCCUUCCAGCUCUUCUUUGUAGAGCUCACCCUGCCUUACUCUGUAGUGCGUGGCGAGGCCUUCACGCUGAAAGCCACAAUUUUCAACUACCUAACAGCCUGCAUCAGGGUCAGCGUGUCUCUAGCUAAAUCUACUCAUUUCCUGGCUGCUCCAGUAGAGAAGGAGGAAGAAUCGUACUGCAUCUGCCUGAAUGAAAGGAAAACUGUGGCUUGGGCAGUAACACCAAAAUCUCUAGGGCAGGUGGAGUUCUCGGUGAGCGCUGAGGCCGUGCAAAACCAGCAGCCGUGUGGGAACGCCAUAGUGGAGAUCCCUGAGAAAGGACGGAAGGACACAGUCAUCAGACAGCUGCUGGUGGAGCCAGAAGGGAUGGAGGUGGAAACUACAUAUAACUCUGUGAUCUGUGCAUCUGAAAAAUCAAUGUCAGAGACAGUUGCUCUAGUUCUCCCGGAGAAUGUGGUGGAUGGUUCAGCCAGAGCAUAUUUCUCAGUGCUAGGUGACAUCAUGGGCACUUCCAUGCAGAACCUGCACCAGCUCCUCCAGAUGCCAUUUGGCUGCGGGGAACAGAACAUGGUCCUGUUUGCACCCAACAUCUAUGUCCUGGACUAUCUGAACAAGACAGGGCAACUGAGUGAGGAGAUCAAAUCCAAGGCCAUUGGAUACUUAGUGAGCGGGUAUCAAAGGCAAUUGAACUAUAAACACUGGGAUGGUUCUUAUAGCACCUUUGGGCCCCAAUAUGGGCAGGUUGGGAAUACCUGGCUCACAGCCUUUGUCCAGUCCUUUGCCCAGGCCCGGCCAUACAUCUUCAUAUAUGAGAAGCACAUCCAGGAUGCUUUGAUCUGGCUCACUCAAAAGCAGAAGGAGAAUGGUUGCUUCUACAGUUCUGGGACACUCCAUAAUGCCAUGAAGGGUGGAGUGGACAAUGAGGUCUCACUGACGGCCUACAUCACUAUUGCAUUGCUGGAGAUUCCUCUGCCUGUAACUUACUCAGUGGUGCGUAAUGCUCUCUUCUGCCGAACGGCAGCAAAUGGGAAAGAAAACCACGUGUACACCAAGGCACUGCUGGCAUACGCCUUUGCUCUGGCAGUGGAGGAGAAGCGGAAGGCGUUGCUUGGCUCACUUGAAAAGGAAGCGGUGAAAAAGGAUGGGUCUGUUCACUGGCAGCGGCCUGGGAAAGAGAUGGUGGCUGAUCUCCCCUACUAUCACUACCGAGCUCCCUCUGCUGAAGUGGAGAUGACGGCCUAUGUGCUCCUUGCUCACCUCACCACACAGCCGGCACCUUCCCAGGAGGAGCUGUCGUUUGCAUCUCUUAUUGCAAAGUGGAUCAGCGGUCAGCAGAAUCCCAAUGGAGGCUUCUCCUCCACCCAGGACACAGUGGUGGCUCUGCAAGCCCUGUCUCUGUACGGAGCUGUCACCUACGCCAAGAGUGGAGCAGCUUCCCAAGUGACCCUGAGAUCUGGAGGGGACUUCCAGCAGGACUUCCAAGUGGACCCCUCAAACCGGCUGCUGCUCCAGCGCGUGCCCCUGCCCCAGGUGCCAGGGGAGUACAGCGCAGAGGUGUCUGGUGAAGGAUGUGUCUACCUGCAGACGAGCCUGAGGUACAACGUGCAGCCCACGCAGGAGAAUGCGCCCUUCACGCUCCAUGUGUACACCACCCCAGAGACAUGUGAGGACUCCCGGACUCCCAAGGUCUUUGACAUAGGCAUAAACGUCAGUUACGCAGGCGAGCGCAACGUCUCCAACAUGGUGAUUGUUGAUGUGAAAAUGCUGUCGGGAUUCAUCCCUGUCAAGUCCUCAGUAAGAAAGCUCUCAAGCAUUCGGCCUUUCCAAAUCCAGCGAACAGAAGUCAGCUCAAACCACGUUCUGGUGUAUGUAGAGAAGCUGAACCACGAGACCUUGAGCUUUUCCUUCACGGUGGAGCGGGACAUCCCUGUGCAGGGCCUGAAGCCAGCUCAGGUGAAGGUCUAUGACUACUACGAGACAGAUGAGUUUGCCACACAGGAGUACAGCGCUCCCUGCACCACAGAGGAAGUAGAUCAGGGCAACGCAUGAGGAAUACUCCAAGCUGCUAGACCCCACCUGCCUCACUAUCACCACCAUCUACAGAGAGAAUAGACUGACAUUUGGAUAGUGCCUGCAAGGAAUGAAAAAUGAACUUUACAAACAAAUUAACUGUACUGACCAAUGAUUCUUGAACAGCUUAUUCCCAGUUCUGUUUCUUGCUGCUCAAUCUCCAGUCACAGCUUUAAUCUCUCUGGCUUCUUAGGUUGAAGAGCAUCCCAUCCAGCCAUGCUUCCAUGCCUGUGUGCAGAACUGUAAGGCUGACAGUUAUAAAGAUAGAAGACGAUUUAAGUCAGGGUCACUUUUCUAAUGUAGCUCUCUCCAAGAUGUUAACUCCAAACGUGUUAGCUGAGAUUCUGUCUAAACAAUGGAGAAGGACAGGUACUUCUUGAGAGCAAUUUCUCUUCCCUGGCUUAGAAACCAUGACUUGAUUGAAUUGCCCUCUGCAGGUGCCUAUCCAUGUCUCUUACCUGGAGGCAGUCCGGAUGAUCAACUAACGUUACACAAAAUAAUGUGCCCAGGAGCCACUCCUUCCAGGAUUGUUUCUUAUUCUUAGAAGUGUGGGAGUAGAUUAACAGUCUGCCCUCUUCUAAAUUAAAUAUGAAUAAGCUUAGAACAUGCAAGGGUGUUGGGGCAGUGGAGGGCCAGAAGGAUAUAUGCAUAUACUGUGCUUUCAGCUGAUAACUUAUAAUAAUAGCCUGUUCUCCAGAUGAAGCUUGGGCCUUCUUGUGGAAACUUCCAUGUGUUGUAACUGCUGCUUCUUGGAGGUUCCCAGGGAGUUAUGAGUAAACACCGUCUUGGCAAGCAGCAUGGCCUAGAAGCUAAUAGCAUUUACCAGUACCCUAACUAUCUCAGUCUAGUAUAAAUAGCAUGUUUAUUUAAAUCAUAGGGUUGCUUUGGUGAAACUGUCCCUAAUCCUCUUAUAUUAAGGUGUCUCCAGGUUGUGACUGUUUAUUCUCAUUAAAUGCUUAUUGCUAGAUAUCAUGGCUUGUUGUAUAUCCAAAGUAUGCACAGCUAGUUGUUGCAUCCAAUUUUCUCUUAGUGCGCCUAUCCAAACAAUGGUACUGAAAACAAAUAAAGUUCUUCAGCUAUUUUGCUAAAUAUUAAUAUUAUUUCACGUUAUCUCUUGGUGAUUGGUGUUUGCUCACCCAAGACCUUUUUGACAUCUCAUAUUCAGAGAAGCCUAUGAAAUCAACAGGCUUCAGAGAAUGCUGAGCAAAAUUUCUAAUUGAGCAUGAAUACUAAUUCCAUUUUUAUUUGAUUUAGAAAUAGUAAAACCAUUUCAUUUCCUACCAUAAUUUAUUUUCCAGGUGCUCAAAGCAACAUAGUUUUUGGUUUCUGAAUGAAACUGUUUUGAUUUUAGACCGUUGCAAUUUGCCUUUGAAGCAUGUAAAGCGUGCUCCAUGGGGGCAGAAAUGGAAUAUUCAGAUAUUCUUGUGCUUUCCUACAGUAGCGUUGAUAAAGUUUCCUGUGUCAUAUGCCAUGGAGGGCCCGCAAACAUGUGACUGACAAUUCACAUCCUAGUCAAGCAGAGGGAUGUUAAACUACUUUACAGAUGUGGGCUAGGUGGGGAACUCCAGCCAGAUGAUAAGUGAUGUGGCUACUCAUGGGCAGCAAUUAGGUGUUGUCUAAUUUAACCUGGCAGCAGCCAAAUAUUGUGUUAACUCUUUCUAUGGUAGAAAACCAUUAUCCAAAUUCUGUGAAUGGAACAUAUUCCAGAGAUUUUACAGAUUUUUAAACUAAAUUGUCAUGAUGAUCACUUUGUUUCAUUUGAGGCAGAAAAGAUGCAGCAGCAUAACCAUGGUAAAAUACUUGCCAAAAAGCAAAUGAAACUAAAGGAGCUGUUGACAUCUAUCUACAGGUUGCUGUAAAUGAGGGUCUGUAUUUGCAAACCUAUGUCUGUAUUCACAAAUUUGCACACCUGGCACUUUUGAACCUGCUUGCCCUUAACUAAGUCUCAGCUGGGACUGUGUACCUCCAAUACUAUCUCUAAUAAUCCCAAAGCAGGAGGGCAACUAUAAAAAAAAAAGAAAAAAAAAGUGCCAGAGCAAACUGCUUUCCUCACAAAAUGAUGAGUUUUAGCUCAUAGAAGG